AUGACACCUACAAACCAAUCUAAUGGAACGACUAAUGCAUCUGUGGAGGUACUUUCUGAAGAUGGACCUAUGCCAAUAAACGUUAUGAUGCAAGAAGGUGUGAAAGCGUUGACUAAAAUCCUUUCCAAUCAGCUUCAAGACAGGCAAGCUUUUCAAAACGCCCCCCAUGCAAUGCAAUUUGUUAUUAGAAAUGGAGGAAAGGCGUUAUCAAACGCGCGACUAGAGGAGCUCAAGGACACUCUUCCUAAGAUGGAUUCAUUGAGUUUGGAAGAUGAGCUUGCAAAAAUAGAUGGCCAAAGUACAUACCAUAUUGAUUCUGCAGAGGAAAAGGAAAACUUUGGAAGGAAAAUAGGUCAAAUAGCUUCUACAAAUAAUGCGGACUUCAUAAUGGAUCAUGACCUGCAAAAUAUUCUAGACGAUGAUCUUAAAGAUCCGGAACUUAAUUUGAAUGGUGAAGAAGCAGAAAUAAUUUUCGAUUAUGAGAGCCAAGAACUUGAUACACCAGAUGGCAUAGGGGAAAAGAUUUCUCAAAUGAUAGAAUCGGUGUUACCGGGAGGGUUUGGAAAUGAAGGACAGGGAAGGUUGCGAACUGUAACGAAUGUAGACAAUUUAGAUGUGGCGGAAGAAGUCACAGAUAUUGAUCACAAUACGGUGGACAUAGCUCAUUUACAUGCAGACAGUCAACAUUCUGUUUCUUCCGGAAGGCACAGCAGGUCGAAGAACUCGAAAAAAAAUGGACAUGUAAGGCGACAUGACUUUUAUGGCGACUCUAGAGACCAUAAAAGUUGUUGCCCGCACCAUCAUUACGAAAAUCUAUCUAAACUACGAAACUAUUACUAUCAUGAUUUUGAAUAUAUAUCCAAAACAGAAAACCGUGUUCCAGAUUUUUCUGUCCUAAUUAACGAAUCAAGCCCCAUGUGUUUGUUUUGUGAGUACUAUAUGGUAUUUGGUGAACCGCCACGUAAUAUGAUAAAGUGGUAUAAUCGUACGUUUGGUUAUAAUCGUAUGCCGAACCCAUCAAGAGAUGAACAAGAUAGUAGGAAAAGGAAUAGAUAG